AUGGCUCUAGACGUACCAGAUGGCACGCCAGACCGCGGGAAAGGCGUCGUGAUAUUGAGCAUCAUACUCAUGAUCCUGGUAAUCUUGGCCACUAUCACCCGGAUUAUGAGCAAGGUUAUUGCGCACCAAAACUGGUGGUGGGAUGACCUGUUCGCAAUCCUGUCCGUGAUCUGUGAACUGGUUGUGCUAUCCCUGGUCCUAGUAUGGCGAAACAUAGGCCUAGGCUACCACAUGUCAGUCGUGGCGUCCAUCAAUCCGCAAUACCUGAUCACCGGAUCCAAAUAUCUCUUCAUCGCAAUCUUCUUCUUCGACGCCUCAGUCUGCCUCCCCAAGAUCUCUGCGGUUCUCUUCUACGCGCGUGUCUUUCGCUCCAACAACCGCGCAUUUCGCAUAAACCUCUGGAUCAUCGGCGCCCUCGUCGCCGGCUGGCUCAUCUCCGCCGAGAUCUCAACCAUCUUCCAAUGCAACCCCAUUGCCAAGGCCUGGAACACCACCUUACCAGGAACCUGCAUUAAACAAUAUGAUUGGUAUCUCUCGACCGCGAUUCUCUCCACCGUAAUCGACUUCUACAUCCUACUCCUCCCGAUCCCGAUGAUCUGGUCCCUCAAAAUGAGCCUCCGCCGCCGCAUCUACCUCCUCAUUUGCUUCUUCAUGACUUAUUCCGUCAUCGUUGUGUCCCUGGGCCGUUUGGUCGCCGUCGUCAACCUCAUUCCCGUCAUGCCGACCGACUUAACGUGGGAGUUCCCGCUGUACCUAUACUGGUCUGUCCUUGAGGGAUCGGUUUCCAUUGUCUCGAUUAGUGUCCCAAGUGGUAUCGCCCUGGUCAAGGCCAAUAUCCGACCGGAGGGGAGUGCUUGGGGAUCCAGCAAUGGGAGUAGUGGGAAGCGCGGAAGCUAUGGAAACACCACUAUUAUUCAACAUGUUCGGGAACGGCCCAUGCGCAGCUACAGCGAUAGGGAUAGCGAUGACCAUCUCGUCUCGGAUGUCGAAACAGCCAGAACAGCGAACUCGGGAGAAAGUGAUGCAAGUAUCCCGCUGGGGGGAAUCAAGAUCCGAACGGAUAUCCGAGUUAUGAAUCGCGAAAAAUAG